AUGCAAUACGAAGAUAUACAAAAGCUAACAUUUCAAAGAAAGCCUUAUCUAUCUAUCUAUCUAUCUAUCUAUCUAUCUAUCUAUCUAUCUAUCUAUCUAUCUCAGUCUGUCCAUAUCUAUCUAUCUAUCUAUCUAUCUAUCUAUCUAUCUAUCUAUCUAUCUUUUAAUGGGAAGCAAACAUUUCAAACUAUUCUUAAUAUUUUCACUUUUUCAUUUUACUCUCAUUUACUCAUCCUAUCUAUCUAUCUAUCUAUCUAUCUAUCUAUCUAUCUAUCUCAGUCUGUUCGUAUCAAUCUAUCUAUCUAUCUAGCUCAGUCUGUUCGUAUCAAUCUAUCUGUCAAAUUCUGUUCGUAUCUAACUCAUUCUUUUUGUACCUAUCCAUCUCAGUCUGUUCGUAUCUAUUUAUCAAUCUAUCUAUUUAUCUCGGUCAGUUUGUAUCUAUUGAACCACCUAUUUGUCUCUUUCUGUGUCAAUCUGUUCGUAUCUAUCUACUUAUCUGUCUAUCUAUCUAUCUAUCUAUCUAUCUCAGUCUGUUCGUAUCAAUCUAUCUAUCUAACUCAGUCUGUCCAUAUCUAUCUAUCUAUCUAUCUAUCUAUCUAUCUAUCUAUCUAUCUAUCUAUCUAUCUAUCUUUUAAUGGGAAGCAAACAUUUCAAACUAUUCUUAAGUACAGCAUCGUUCUAAUGAACUCCUUAUAUCUGGAUAACAUAACUCUCUUCACCCCUCUCUCACUCUCUCUCUCUCUCUCUCUCUCUCUCUAUCUAUCUAUCUAUCUAUCUAUCUAUCUAUCUCUCUCUCUCUCUCUCUCUCUCUCUCUGUGUCACUUUCUCUCUCGGCGAACGACACUCCGACGUGUGACACGCGCCCGUCCACGCCGGCGAGUUCGAACUUUGACACUUUCACUUGGCUCGCCUUUUCACAUGUAA